AAGGUCGUACGACUUUACUUCUUCGGAGGAUAAUGAAUUUGACUCUUCGGAUGACAGUGACUCAGACAGUACACCUGAAAAUCUUAGGAUUUACCACAGAAGGAAAUCUACCGCAGCUACUGUUCGCGCUAGGUGUCAAAAUGAAUAAGUUCAUAUCAAAAUACGACAACUUGCAUCUCUGAUAAGUGACACAGUUAUAAACAAAAAGCUUUGUAUCAAAGAGGGCCAUUUGAUGAAGCAAACAGGCUCUUUUCAGAGAUGGAAAAGAAGAUACUUCAAGCUUAGAGAAGGGAGCAAGUUAUUUUAUGCUAAACGCAAUGAUGAUACGAUAUUCAAUGAAAUUGAUCUUCAAGAUGUCAGUGUAGCAGAGUGCAGUAUUAGGAAUGUUAAUAAUAGUUUCACAGUUAUCACACCAUUUCGCAGUCUAGUGCUUUGUGCAGAUAGCAGACAAGAAAUGGAGGAAUGGUUAGGUUGUUUAAAAUCAUCAAACAAGAAAAGAUCAUCUCAAUCUGAUCUCUUGGACCAAAUAUCUGGUUUGCAUAACUGGUACUCAUGUGCACAUGCAAGGCCUACUUUCUGUAAUGUGUGUAAAGAUAUCUUGUCUGGUGUAACAUCAAAGGGCCUUUCUUGUGAAGUUUGCAGAUUUAAGUCUCAUAAAAGAUGUGCAGCAAAAGCGCCCAAUAACUGCAAAUGGACAACAAUGCAGGCAAUUAGAAAAGACAAUGAGGACUGUGAUAAUUCCGACCCAAUGUCUAUGCCACAUCAGUGGUUAGAAGGGAACCUUACACCUGGUGCAAGAUGUACUGUGUGUGAGCGACCUUGUGGAAGCAAGCGAAGGUUACUGGACUUUAGGUGCCUGUGGUGUAAUAUGACUGUUCAUCAUUCGUGUAAGUUGUCAGUGGUGUCUAAGUGUACCCUUGGUGAAAAUUCUCUAUCUGUUCUACCUCCAAUGUUCAUUAAAGGCCUUUCAGAGCUGGCAAAGGGGGAGGUGGUGAAACCUAGAAAUAGUCCUCUGUUGGUUUUCGUCAACUCAAAAAGUGGAGAUAAUCAGGGCGUUAAAUUUAUUCGCAAAUUCAAGCAACUACUAAAUCCACUGCAAGUGUUUGAUCUUGGAGUGGGAGGGCCAACAAAUGGCCUGAAGUUUUUUCGUCGCUUUCGUCGGUUUCGAAUCCUAGUCUGUGGUGGGGAUGGAUCUGUUGGUUGGGUCAUGAAGGAGGUCGACUUGAUGAAGAUGGCAACACAGUGCCAAAUUGGAGUUCUACCGCUAGGCACUGGUAACGACUUGUCACGUGUGCUUGGCUGGGGUACGUCAUUUGCUGAUGAGAAUUCUGUCCCACAAUUCCUUCAACACCUUGAGAGGGCAAAACCGCUGAUGCUAGACCGGUGGGCGAUUAUGGUUCAAGAAUGCAACCCCACACUACCCUCCUCAAGGAGCUCGUCCAUAGAAGCCUUAGACACACCGCUCUACCAACAAGAGAUGGAUAGCAUGGAUACAUUCGAGAGUAACGUCGCAACACAUCUCACGCGAAUUCUUCACUCUAGUCAACACACCAUCGUUAUAUCAUCCGCUAAAGUAUUAUGUGAAACCGUCAAAGAUUUUGUCGCCAAAGUUGGGGCCGCCUCUGCAACUACAGAACCGGAUGCUGCAGAUUCGCUUGCUUCUAAGUGUUCAGUACUGAACGAUAAGCUAAACCUUCUGCUAAAAGCCUUGAGUAUUGAAUCCGAGGCGAGUUCUACUCCUGUCAAGGAAGAUCUUGCUGAUAUGAAGUCUGGCAGUAGUGGGAGUAUAAACAGCAUAGGGAGCGGAGGCAAGGCACAGAAAGUGUUUGUCCCGAGAGAUGCCCUUAUGUCUCGUGCUAACAGUCUGAAGAAGGCGCUUAAGCAGAUCAUCGACCACACGGAGAUUGCCGUCGACGAACAAAACGCGCAGACCUGCUCUUCUACGUCAUCACUUGCUGAAGCCAUAGUUACGGUAGCCGCGUCCGUAGCAACCAACGUGGCUACUACCUCUUCAUCGACGACGCUGGAGGCUGUUCAAGAGAAUAGUUUAGACCACGAAAUCGAGAGAGAUAAUGAGGGUGUUCUGCUAAGAAAACCUGAAACCACGGUCGAUAACAAAUCCCCGGAUGCUGACAACAAGUCCUUGGAACUAGACACAUCCUCCUUCUCCUCGUCACCAGCCCCUCGUGCUGAUAUCCGGUUCUUGAGUAAGGGCAGCUCGCACCCCUUCCAGUUCGAGCCACCAAUCGACGAGAAGCUUGCAAAGAUGGGUAAUAGUCGACCCACUGUGCAGUUCAGUACGUGUAUUAUAUCCAAGGCGUUCCUGAAGGACAGACCACGUGAGGGACUGAUGGGGUCAAUGAUAUCCAAGGCGUUACUCGCUAAUGCAGACGCGCUCUGUGCUGCGGCCACGCCCGUCAUGAAUGCCGUCUCUGAUGUCGAUGGUUUUAGCGAGAAGUGUGUAAUGAAUAACUACUUUGGAAUUGGUAUUGACGCCAAGAUUACGUUGGAUUUCCACACAAGGCGAGAAGAACAUCCUGAGAAAUAUAGAAGUCGAACUCGGAACAUGAUCUGGUAUGGAGUGUUGGGCGGCAAGGAGAUAGUCCAACGGACGUACAAGAACAUUGACCAGCGAGUUAAAGUAGAGUGUGACGGCCAUAGGAUAUCGCUCCCAAGCUUGCAAGGCAUUGUGGUUCUCAACAUUACCAGUUAUAUGGGCGGGGCUAACUUUUGGGGCGGUGGGCGUGAUGACGGAUUUACGGAUCCAUCAUUUGAUGAUAAUAUUUUGGAGGUCAUUGCUGUCCUUGGAGCGAAGCAAAUGGGGAUGUCAAAAGUGUUUGGAGGAAUGCAGCACCACAGAAUUGCUCAGUGCCGAGUUGUGAAAAUUACCAUUAUGAAUGAGCCAGUGCCGGUACAGGUGGACGGAGAAGCCUGGAUGCAGCCGCCAGGUUAUAUUAAGAUCAUCCACAAGAACCGCGCACAGAUGCUCGUCAGAGAUAGGGCGUUUGAGAGCUCGCUAAAGCUAUGGACUGAAAUCCAACAGGAGCGCAACGCUCUGACGACAGAUGAGGAGAUGGAGAUACUUAGAUUGCUAAGCGUUGCUAUGAUGCGACUCAUAAGAACCGUAAAAGGCACGUGUGAAGACAACCCUAACUCGGACUUGUACGAAUGGGCCACUGCCAGCGCGCACUCGAUAGAGAAGAUCUUCCCUGAAGGUCGAGCUGUUGAGAAUAUUAACCGCACUCGCUCACUGGAUUUCCUGUCAAACGCUCGCUCAAUUACGCACGAAGUCAUUUGGCUACUUAAUGAGAAAGUCUGCCAACCGCCGCUGACCGAGGAGCAGGAGUUCCGGAUAGCAAGCGCCCUCGCUAGUGUUGAGCCUGAGAUGCUGAGGGCGGUAGAAACGUUUGGCAUGGAAGACUUUGGAGACGACGAGAGGGAAAAGUCGCAAUCGUCCAAAUCCAAGAGUAGGUUCUCUUUCAGUCGCCUAAAGUCUAAGAAGCCAGAGAUAACUAAAGCGGUCACGGCGCCUGCAGGUCGAAUUAUUCAGUUCUGGGCCGUAGAGGAGGUUUGCCGGUGGCUUGGUAACCAGGGCUUGGGAGAGUACUGCGAGUUAUUCACCAAGCACGACAUCCGGGGACCUGAGCUUCUCUCGCUCACUAGAAAUGACCUUAAGGACCUUGGUGUUACCAAAGUCGGUCAUAUCAAGCGAAUCCUAAGCGGGGUCAAACAGCUGUGUGGUGGUCUUUCGCCAAAAUCUGCCGCCAAAAUCGAGAGAACUGCCAGGUGUGAAGAGAAAACGUCAAAAACGCAAUAUAUCGACAAAGAAUACAGUCAUUGAUUGAAAAGGUUGCCGUCUCUCCAAAAUAUUUGAUACAUUUGAUUCUCGUAUUUAUACUCAAUAAGAAACCUCGCGCAUGGACUUGUGAGUAAUUUCCAAGAUGGCGGCUCUACGUGUUGCUGGAAACGAUGUUUCUCACUGGAUUUCUGAUGGCUGCGGUUAAUACUGGUCACCCAUUCGUUCAUAUCACGGGGACUUUUCAGAGGUCUUUGAUGCAGAUACUACUGAUUAGCAUUAACCCAAAAACAUCACCAUGUAGAAACCUAGGGAUGUGUAAUUUCCAAGAUGGCGGUGCAACAUAUGUAAGAUAAAGUUCCUUGAAAACAGGGUACAACGUACAUAUCAAGAAACAGUCGGCGUCUUUCAUUGUACAUUAGGAUUUUGAUUAGAGUUAGCAUAGAUAAUAGAUAGAUGAUAGGUAGAUGAUACUUUAACGGACUGAUUAUUUUGUAAAAAAAAAACUUGAUAUACAUCGGUAAUAUUAUGAAUUCUAGACCUAAUAGGGAACGAGGGAAAUAUACCUAUCCCGUGUUUUAUAGUUAGGACUUAAAACAUUAUUAUUUUACAUUUUUAUUUGCCCAACUUCGGUAAAAAUGAUUUAUUAAUCAAAAUUCUUCAUAUUCCAAUAAUCAAUAUAGGAUAUGAAUUGUACAGUAUAACAAAGUCAUGUAUUUAACUAGAGAUAGGGGGAUAUGUAACGUAGUUAUGGAGACAAGUUUUAUACAAUGUUUAAGAAUUUCCACCAUGCCAUUCACGAUUACGUCAUUAGUUCUUUUCGCUUCAUCGCAACGCAAUCAAAUUAGAUGUUAUGAUUUUUUUUUUUAUUUAGAAUUGUUUGAAAUGUGUUCAAUCGAUAAGAGUUCGGGCUGGUUCCGAUUUUACUCGUCGACACCUUUGUACUUAUGAUGCAACAUUUCUUUCUCAGGAACACAAAACAUUAUGCGAAUUUGUCAAUUCAAAAAUAGGAACAAACUGUUUUGGUUGUUUUUAUUUGAAAGACUGAGAUCAAUUUCCCAACUAAUUUCUCUUAGGGAUCUUAUAAAGUUCAAGUUAAAAAAAAUCCAAAAAGCCGAGAAAAAACCUGGACAGAGGUGGGUUAGGAGGAAUGACUAUCCAUAUAUAGACAGAACUCGACACCAUUUAAUAUGAUAUUCUAAGCUCUUGACCCAUCCACCCACUUUCGAAGUUUUCUUGAAUUUUUGGAAUCUUUGUUAUGGUAUCAGUGGUCCAUUCAGCUUUACUUCUGUUUGGCUGUUUGGGUCACUUAGUUUGAUAAAGUUAACAUUUCAAGCGGCUAUUAUAAUGGCAAAUUGCAAAUGGUAGUUCUUAGACCAAAGAGGCUCAUAUUGCGAUCCCGUACAUUGAUGGAUAAUCGUAAAUAAUAAUCGAUUAUAAUCAUUUUCAGACCACCUUUUGCCUCUUGACGCUCUUUUUAGGGUGUCUCUUUGUAGACAUUACUUUCUUUUUUUCAAAACCUCAUCUACAUAAAACUCACAGUGUAUUAGUUUGUAUGAUGUUUUCUGUGUCUUAACAAACCUUUGCAGAAUAUAGCAUAUGUUGUGAAUGAUUAUUAUAAAAACUAUUGAAAGGUUAUUCAAUGAAAAUAACGCAAAAAUAAAUAACGAAAUAAGCAA